AUGCGAGUCGCCUUUGUGCUGCCAGCGAGAGAAGCUUCUCAGUAUCAAGAGCGGAAUCAGGGCCAUGCUACGCCCACAGAUGUCGGUACAUACACCGACGAUGCCCGCUGCGGCCACACGCAGACGCAGACGCGGACGCGGAAUCAUGCAGGUGGCCAAGACUCCCCAUACGCCCAUUGUUCCGCCAUCGCCGGCUCCACGGGCGUGUCUCCAGCAUGA